AUGGCGGAGCGAAAGAUUACACUCGAAGAACUCAGUCAGCACGUCAAAGACACUGAUACUUGGAUGGCGAUAAAUGGCACGGUAUGGGAUAUAACUGGCUUUGCUGGAAUUCAUCCCGGUGGGCCGGAUAUCAUUCAAGAGUAUUCCGGCAGGGAUGCGAGUGAGCCUUACAAUAGUGUUCAUAGCCUCAAACUUGCAGAAAAUAACUUUGAAGCAAGCCAAAGGAUCGGAAUUUUGGAUGCCGAAUUCGUUGCCGACAAACCGCGAAUGGAAAAUACGCGCAAUCCGAGGUUAGAAAAUGAUCUUCCCCAGAUUGAUGAAAUCAUCAACCUCGACGAUCUCGAAGCGGCUGCGGAGAAAUGCCUCAAUAAACGAUCGUGGGCAUACUUUUCGGGUGCUUCAAACGAUAGCUUCACAAAGGCCGACAAUGCAGAUUUUUAUCGCAAAAUAUUCCUGAGACCUCGAGUUGCGAGAGCUGUUCAAGAUAUCGAUACCAAGACGAAGAUUCUGGACGAUGUUUAUGAUGUCCCGAUUUUCAAUGCGCCGGCCUCUCUCAUGAUGCUUGCUCACCCAGACGCUGAAAUGGCUCUGGCCAAAGGAUUCGCAGCGAGUGGUAGCACCAUCAUCAUUCCUACAUUGUCCUCCUUUUCUACAGAAGAAAUCAUCGAAGCACUUCCCGCGGGUCAUCCAUUCUACUUUCAGCUUUACGUGAAUCCCAAUAAAGCUGCACUGAAGAAGAUGGUCGACAGUCUUUGCAAACUUCGACCGAAAGCGAUAAUAGUCACUGCGGAUCUACCAGUUUUCAGCAAAAGAGAAGCGAACGAGCGAUAUGAAAAACGGAUAGCAAAGCAGAAGCGAGCUUCUGAACCCAGAGAAACCACGGCCGAAAAGCAAGGUGGACAAGCUCGGUCUGCUGGGGUAUCGAUUGACCCUAACCUAUGCUGGAGCAAUAUUAAGCAGCUUAAAGAAAGGACGGGUAUUCCCGUCUUCGUCAAAGGGAUCCAGUGUGCGGAGGAUGCCCUGCAAGCGUGGAAAAUCGGGUGCAAGGGUAUCUACAUCUCUAAUCAUGGCGGACGAGCUGCCGAUACAGCACAACCUACGAUACUUACUCUCGCGGAAAUUCGUCUACAUUACCCCUUCAUUUUGGAAGAAAUGGAGGUCUUUAUAGACGGAGGUGUGCGAAGAGGCUCGGAUGUCUUGAAAGCCAUUUGCCUUGGAGCGAAAGGUGUUUGUCUCGGUCGGCCCUUUUUCUACGCCUUAAUGUAUGGGGAGGAGGGAGUCCGAUAUACUAUGCAGUUGUUGAAGGACGAACUCGAGACUGCGAUGCAGCUAUGUGGUAUAACUAGUUUAUCUGAGGCUCACACUGGGCUUUUGAACACGAGAGAGUUAUACCGUGACGUUGAAAGUCCUCAAAGUCUCUCCAGCAAGCUAUAA